AAUGGAGCGCGUUCAUCUUUGAGCAUUCACUAAGCAAAGCUCUUCUCACAGAGGGUUGGUGGUUCGCUUGCUGUCAGGAAUAACCCGUGGAACCUCCGCGUGAUGCUCAGUUUUAUUUUUCCCCAGCUGCCACCUGACCUCCCAGACAAGCCGCCUCUACUGUCCUCCCGCCCCUCCGCGCGCGCACGGAGCAGCGCGGCCGUCGGUAACGGGAAGAUGGCAGAGCGGCAGCAGCAGAAGCUCGAAGGCAGGGUCAAAAUCGGCCAUUACAUCCUCGGAGACACGCUCGGCGUGGGGACAUUUGGCAAAGUGAAGAUUGGAGAGCAUCAGCUGACAGGACAUAAAGUGGCCGUGAAGAUCCUGAAUAGACAGAAGAUCCGCAGUCUUGAUGUUGUGGGAAAAAUCAAACGAGAGAUCCAGAACCUCAAACUCUUCAGACACCCACACAUCAUCAAGCUAUACCAGGUAAUCAGUACUCCAACCGAUUUCUUCAUGGUGAUGGAGUAUGUGUCUGGAGGGGAGCUGUUUGACUACAUCUGCAAAAAUGGGCGG